AUGAACGACAAGUCGGAACAAUUGACGGUUGUUGUUCAUGUCGAGGUUGAUGUGCAGCAGCAUUCUGAUCAUGGCUUUCCGAGUGACCAUAUCCCCGGGUGUGAUGCCUCAUGCGAACGCUGCAUGUGCGCAGACGCAAUGGCAGCCUGUCAAUCGCGACAGAUGGGACGAGGUGUCUGUACCAGUGUUGUCUGCCAGUGGACUCGGGGCCAGUGCUUCAGCGGUUCUGAUGCCUGUGCUGGGUGCUGGGACAGGGCGCUGGACGACGGGCGCUGGCCGCUGGGCACUACAUGUGCCAGGUCUUGGAAGCGGAAAUCGCACGGCCCCACGGCGACCGUCACCCUCAUCGCUCCUCCGGCCCGUCAUGGUCCGGGCGUCAUGGCUGGGCUAUCCCAGCCAUGA